AUGGCGCUUCCCAUUCGGUUCACUGAACUGGUUCAGUUAACGAAUCUCGAUAUCGCGCCAGCCUCUAUAUCCUUCAACACCUGUACACUAGAAUCCGAUCACUUUGUCUGCGUACGGCAGAAACUUAAUGAGCAAGACAAACCUCAGGUCAUAAUUGUAAAUCUCAAGAACAACAAUGAAGUCAUCAAACGCGCCAUCAGCGCUGACAGUGCCAUCAUGCACUUCAACCGUGAGAUCCUGGCCCUCAAGGCGCAGGGCAGAACAAUCCAGGUCUUCGACCUCGCGGCUAAAUCCAAGCUGAAAUCUACAAUCAUGAAUGAGGACGUUGUCUUUUGGAAGUGGUACAACGAACGAAGUCUGGGGUUGGUUACCGACACCUCCGUGUACCAUUGGGACGUGUUUGAUCCUACUCAAUCCGCUCCCGUGAAGAUGUUCGAGCGAAAUGCCAAUCUGAAUGGAUGCCAGAUCAUCAACUAUCGCGUCAACGACGAUGAGCAAUGGAUGGUGAUAGUUGGUAUUUCUCAAAGAGAAGGACGAGUCGCCGGUACAAUGCAGCUCUACUCACGUAACCGUGGGAUCUCGCAACCCAUCGAGGGUCAUGCUGCUGCCUUUGGUACCUUCCAUGCAGAGGGCAAUCCUGCUCCCUACAAGCUUUUCACGUUCGCAGUUCGAAAUGCCGCUGGUCAAGGCAAGCUGCACGUAGUGGAGAUUGACCACAACGAGAACAACGCGCGGUGGGUUAAGAAGGCAGUCGACGUCUACUUCCCCGAUGAGGCUGUCAAUGAUUUCCCCGUGGCUAUGCAAAUCUCCAAGAAGUACAGCAUCAUCUAUAUGAUCACAAAGUACGGCUUCAUCCACCUGUAUGAUCUCGAAACAGCCACCUGCAUUUUCAUGAAUCGUAUUUCCAGCGAGACGAUCUUCAUCACGACUCCCGAUUCAGAAUCCGCCGGCAUUGUUGGGAUUAAUCGGAAAGGUCAGGUUCUCUCCGUUAGCGUUGACGAGAACACCAUCAUCCCAUAUCUGCUCCAAAAUCCCGCCAACGCGACCCUGGCUGUGAAGUUGGCUGCGAGAGCAGGCUUGCCUGGUGCCGAUAACCUUUACCAACAACAGUUCGAAACUCUGUUUGCUCAGGGUAACUACUCAGAAGCUGCCGAAGUUGCAGCAAACUCUCCACGCGGGUUUUUGAGAACACCGGAAACGAUCAACCGAUUCAAGAGUGCACCUCAACAAGCUGGGCAGCUCUCUGUCAUUCUGCAAUACUUUGGCAAACUGCUGGACAAAGGCAAGCUGAACAAAUACGAGAGCGUAGAGCUGAUAAAACCGGUUCUCGCACAAAAUCGUAAGAAUCUCCUCGACAAGUGGAUGAGCGAAGGCAAGUUAGAGUCCUCAGAAGAGCUCGGUGAUAUUGUCCGGUUGCACGACCUUGAACUGGCUCUGAGGAUCUAUCGUGAGUCAAAUGUUCCACCAAAGGUGGUUGCAGCUUUGGCGGAAACUGGCCGAUUUGAGGAGAUCCUCCCUUAUGCGCGUGAGGUCGGAUAUCAACCUGACUUCACCAGCCUGUUACAACACAUCGUUCGAGCAAAUCCUGAGAAAGGUGCUGAAUUCGCUACUCAGCUAGCCAAUAACGAGGGCGGUCCCCUCGUUGAUAUUGACAGGGUCGUUGAUAUUUUCAUGUCGCAAAAUAUGGUUCAGCAAGCGACUGCGUUCCUGCUCGACGCUCUAAAGGAGAACCGGCCGGAACAAGGCCACUUGCAGACUCGCCUUCUUGAAAUGAACCUUCUCAAUGCACCACAAGUUGCGGAUGCCAUCCUUGGGAACGAGAUGUUCUCCUAUUACGACAAGCCUAGAAUUGCCCGCCUCUGCGAACAGGCUGGUCUUCUGCAACGUGCCCUUGAAAAUACGGACGAUCCAGCUUCCAUCAAGCGAAUUAUUGUCCAAACCGAUAAGCUCAACCCUGAAUGGCUUCAGCAGUAUUUCGGCCGCAUGUCUGUCGAACAGUCGCUGGACUGCAUGGAUGAGAUGCUUAAGUCGAACAUUCGCCAGAACUUGGCGGCCGUGAUCCAGAUUGCUACCAAAUUCUCUGACCUUCUGGGAUCAAGCCGCUUGAUUGCAUUGUUCGAAAAGCACCGCACCGCCGAAGGUCUUUACUAUUACCUCGGGAGCAUUGUCAAUCUCAGCGAAGAUGGAGAUGUGGUUUUCAAGUACCUCGAGGCCGCAGUCACCAUGCAACAGUUCCAGGAAGUGGAGAGAAUCUGCCGCGACAAUAACUACUACUCGGGAGAACGUGUCAAAAACUUUCUCAUCGAAGCUCGACUCGCAGAACAAUUGCCACUCAUUAUUGUCUGUGAUAGAUUCAACUUUGUCAAGGAUCUAGUCAACUAUCUCUACCGCAAUCAGCAAUACAAGUCCAUUGAGGUCUAUGUUCAGCGAGUUAAUCCCGCACGAACACCGGCUGUUGUUGGAGCAUUGCUUGCUCUUGAUUGCGAAGAAUCAGUCAUCAAGUCGCUGUUGGCCUCGGUGGAUCCCUCCCAGGUCCCGAUGGACGAGCUCGUCAGCGAGGUCGAGACACAAAAUCGCCUCAAGCUGCUGCUGCCAUUUCUUGAGUCCACAUUGGCAGCCGGGCUUCAGCAACCAGCGAUUUAUAAUGCUCUGGCGAAGAUAUAUAUUGAUUCAAACCAUGAUCCCGAGCGAUUUCUCAAGGAGAACGACCUGUACGACACUCUGACAGUGGGUAAAUACUGUGAGAAGCGAGAUCCCAACUUGGCAUAUAUUGCAUACCGCAAGGGACAGAAUGAUAUUGAGCUCAUCAACAUCACCAAUGAGAACUCCAUGUUCAGAGCCCAAGCUCGUUAUCUUCUUGAACGCGCUGAUAGCGAGCUCUGGGCCUUCGUUCUAGCUCAAAACAACACCCACCGGAGAUCCCUUGUUGACCAGGUCAUCGCGACCGCCGUUCCUGAGAGCUCGGAGCCCGACAAGGUAUCUGUUGCGGUCAAGGCCUUCUUGGACGCUGAUCUGCCAGCCGAACUGAUUGAACUGCUCGAAAAGAUCAUCCUCGAGCCGUCACCUUUCAGCGAGAACAGCAGCCUACAGAACUUGCUUAUGCUUACAGCUGCAAAAGCUGACAAAGGUCGUCUCAUGGAUUAUAUUCAACGUCUGAAUGAAUUCAACACCGAAGAAAUUGCCAACAUGUGCAUCCAACAAGGAUUGUUUGAAGAGGCUUUGGCCAUCUACGUCAAGGUCAAUGAUCACCUUUCUGCCGCCAAUGUCCUUGUUGAUCACAUUGUUAGCAUUGAUCGUGCCCAAGAAUAUGCGGAGAAGGUGGAUCUGCCAGAGGUCUGGAGCAAGGUUGCCAAGGCAGAACUUGACGGAUUGAGAGUUAGCGACGCCAUCGAGUCGUACAUCAAAGCUCAAGAUCCUAGCAACUACAACGAGGUGAUCGAGACAGCUACUCAUGCCGGCAGAGACGAAGAUCUUGUAAGAUACCUGAAGAUGGCACGAAAGACCAUGCGUGAACCAGCCAUCGAUACUGCCCUCGCUUUUUGCUAUGCUCGGCUUGACCAACUGCCCGAGCUCGAAGACUUCUUGCGUUCUGCCAACGUGGCCGAUGUGGAAGCAUCCGGGGACAAGGCUUAUGAAGAGGGUUACCACCAGGCCGCCAAGAUCUUCUUCACCAGCGUUUCUAACUGGGCAAAACUCGCCACCACUCUUGUGCACCUUGGAGAAUACCAGAACGCCGUUGAUUGUGCUCGACGAGCAAACAGCGUUAAGGUGUGGAAGCAAGUCAACGAGGCAUGCGUUGCAAAAAAGGAAUUCCGUCUUGCACAGAUUUGCGGUCUCAACCUCAUUGUGCAUGCAGAAGAACUGCAAGAUCUCGUCAAACAAUAUGAGCGCGAAGGGUAUUUUGAAGAACUUAUAUCCUUGUUGGAAGCCGGCCUCGGCCUAGAGCGAGCGCACAUGGGUAUGUUCACUGAGCUUGGCAUCGCUCUGUCGAAGUAUCAUCCUGACCGGGUGAUGGAACAUCUCAAGCUCUUCUGGUCUCGCAUCAAUAUUCCCAAGAUGAUUCGAGCCUGCGAAGAGGCGCACCUUUGGCCCGAGCUGAUCUUCCUCUACUGUCAUUACGAUGAGUGGGAUAACGCUGCAUUGGCCAUGAUGGAGCGCGCUGCUGAUGCGUGGGAGCACCAUUCCUUCAAGGACAUCAUCGUCAAAGUGGCCAACCUGGAGAUCUAUUACCGGGCCCUCAACCAUUAUCUUCAGGAACAGCCACUAUUAUUGACCGACUUGCUGCAAGCUCUGACGCCUCGCAUUGACGUCAACCGAGUGGUGCGUAUGUUUGAGAAGUCGGAUAACAUCCCCAUCAUCAAACCCUUCUUGCUCAAUGUGCAGGGUCAGAACAAGCGCGUCGUCAACAACGCGAUCCAUGAUCUUCUCAUCGAAGAAGAGGAUUACAAGACUCUGAAAGAUUCGGUGGAGAACUACGACAAUUAUGAUGCCGUCGAGCUUGCACAGCGUCUCGAGAAGCACGACUUGGUGUUCUUCCGACAAAUCGCGGCACAGAUCUACCGCAAGAACAAACGAUGGGAGAAGUCAAUUGCGCUGUCCAAGCAAGACAAGUUGUUCCGCGACGCCAUCGAGACAGCGGCGAUCUCUAGCAAGCCGGAGGUUGUCGAAGACCUACUGAGAUACUUUGUGGACAUUGGCAGCCGCGAAUGUUAUGUUGGCAUGCUGUAUGCCUGCUACGAUCUUAUUCCACUCCACACAGUCAUGGAGAUCUCGUGGCGACAUGGACUUAACGACUUCACUAUGCCGUUCAUGAUCAGCUACAUGAGCCAACAAGCUGCAGCCAUUGAGCAAUUGCGGAAGGACAACGAAGAACGCAAAGCGCGCGAAGCUAGUCAGCAAAAGACCGACGACAACACCCCGAUCAUCGGUAGUCGUCUCAUGCUGACUCAAGGACCCGCGGCCGUUGCACCGCAACCCACGGGGUAUGGGCACACUAAUGGCAUCACGCCGCAACCAACCGGGUUCCCUCGGGCAUUCUAG